AAACAAAGAGCAUAAAGCGAGCACUCCACGUAACAUAAAAUUUAUGCAAAAAUGUUAUUUCAGUGAUGGGUUGAUGUUGAAAAUGUUUGUUUUGAUUAGCAAGCCAGUUGAAAUAAAUCCAAGCUCAAUUUGAGUGGACGUGUUGCCAUAGUGAGGAGACUCAACAAAUAGUUGGUCUAAAUCAAGCAUGGCCCUCAUGAUGUGCCGGAUCUGUCUCCGGCCCGACCCGAUGGUCCGGUUGAGUCUCUUCGAGGGCACCAUCGCGGGACGACCCGCCGCCGAAGUGCUGUCCAUCGUGGCCGACGUUCCGAUUCUGGCGGGGGAUCCCUUUCCGCAGGUUUGCUGCUCCGACUGCUGGCAGCAGCUGGAGGCGGCGUUCAACCUGAGGGAGCUGGUCCGGGAGUCGGACCGGAAGUUGGGUGAAAUGCUCGCCGGAGUCGGCGCCGAUCGGGUGGUGGUCAAGCAGGAGUUGGAGGAUGUCGAGGAGCAGCAGCAGGAUCCCAUUGGGACAGGCACGACCUGGUCAACAAUUGUUGAUAAUUACGAAAUUACGAAGGUUGAAAUGCCAAAUCCGGAAUACAAUUCAAUUUUUUUGCCAAGCACCCAAGGAGAGAUGAGUGAAUCCGACACCGAUUCCGACUGUCCGAUGGACGUAGAAGCGACUGCCGAAUCGGCCUUCCUUCCAGAAAAAUCAAAGCCGUUGUACGAAGCGGCCUUCAAGAAGUUUCAAGAGUGGCAAGCCAGGAACUGGAUCCAAACCGUCGACGAAAACUGUUUGCUGGCCUAUUUUGCCCAGGAACUGAAAGAUAAGAGGCCGUCGACAAAGUGGAGCCAGUUCUCCAUGUUGAGGACCACGAUCAACCUGAAAAUGGGCAUAGACAUUUCCGGUUUCACCAGCUUGAAGUCGCUCCUUAAGCGGAAGUCGGAUGGCUAUUGCCCGAAAAAGUCCGAAAUCCUCACCAAGGAACAGAUUUUCGAGUUCUUGAGGGAAGCCGAUGAUGCGGUGCAUUUGGUUACGAAGGUGGCGCUCAUCGUCGGCGUUUACGGUGCAUGUCGGCGGGAGGAACUCCUGAAGCUGACGCUGGAUGAUAUCGAAGACCUGCAGGACAGCAUCAAGAUCACCAUCCCCAACACGAAGACGAAAAGUAUGCGGCAGUUCUUCAUUACGAGUGGUACAGCUCCCGGUGUGGACAUGCUGCAACUGUUCCGGGCUUACGCGGGAAAACGGGCCGCCGGUACGAAUCACGCGAGAUUUUUUGUUUCGUACCGCAAUGGAAAGUGCACCAAACAGGCCAUCGGAAUCAACACGAUUGCAAAACUGCCAAAAACCAUUGCCGAGCACCUGAAGCUUCCGUCGCCGGAGCUGUACACUGGGCACUGUUUUCGACGAUCUUCGGCCUCGCUGCUUGCUGAUUCGGGCGUUGACAUUUCCGUCCUGAAGAGGUUAUCUUGAAAGAUCUUUGCAGUUUCUGUUGAUC